AUGGUGUUAAAUAAAUCAUUAGCCUUUGUUUUUGCUAUUAUUUGCUCAUUUAUUUCUCAAGUAUUAUCAUUUGAUGAAGGAAUUAAAUGUGAAGAUAAACCAACUAUCACAAAUUUAAAUUUCUAACCAAAUACAAGAAACUACACUUGUGUUGCAAACUUUUAGAAUAUUGUUAAUGGAGAUGUAGUACCAGGUCUCUCUGUUCCAGAUUGUAAUUAGUAUUUUAACUAUGCUGCUUCAGGACCUCUUCCAGUAAUAUUAUAAUAUCUUGGUGGACCUAAUUGUAACACAAAAACUACAUUUACGAUUAAUUAUGAUUAAACUUCUAAAAACUAUACUGAUUAAUACAUCUAAAAGAUCUAUAUAUGGUAUAAUAUCAUUAUACCUAAUCACUCUACUCCUGUUUAACUAUAGAAUUCUGUAACCACAAACGGCAAUUAAGCAGUCGCUAGUACACAAUUUCCUUUAUUUUUUGGUGGAAAUCUGAUGGGAUAGUUAAAAUUAACUAUUAAUGAUAUAAAAUCAAAAUCAUUAAAUCUUAAGUAUCAAGUAUACGAUUAAAACUAAGUCAUUUAUCCUAUUGGAUAUUAAGCAUCCUGUGUAUGUCCUCUUUAUUGCAUCCAAUGUGACGAUAAUAAAUGUCUUGUUUGCUAAGAUGGUUACUUUUUAGAUGCAAGUAACACAUGUGUUAAAUGUAAUCCUUCUUGCUAAGCUUGUGAUUAAUCAGGCUGUUUAACUUGCUAGUAGCCUUCGUACUAUAUUUCAGUUAUUGCAAACAACUAUUGCGUUUCUGAUUGUGAUACAAGUUUAGGCUUGUAUGUAGAAACUUCAUCUGUAACUAAUUCUAAAUACUGUAAAAAAUGUAAUACAUUAUGCUAAAGCUGUACUGAUUCGACACUUAACUGUGUUUGUAAGCUUUAUAGUUCUCAAGAUUAAUGUGUUAAUACAUGUUAAGCAUCAGAAGUUUAGUUGCCUAAUAAUUCUGGAUAAUUAAAAUGCUAUCCAUGUGAUCUAUCAUGCUCAACAUGUAAUGGAAUAGGAAAGACAUAAUGUACUAAAUGCAAUACAAACUAUUUAAACUAAAUAUCAACAUCUUUAUGUGUUAAAACAUGUGAUUCAAGCGAAUAUCCAGAUUAUAAUUUAAAUUAAUGUUUACCUUGUGAUAAAACUUGCUUAACUUGCAAUGGGCCUUCAAAUAAACAAUGUUUAAAAUGCAAAGAUGGUAACUUCUUCUUCAAUGGAACAUGUGUUUAGAUUUGUCCGAAUGGAUAUUAAAAGAAUUUUUCUUCAUUUAACUGUGAUCUCUCAAAUAAACUUAUUUAGCAAUACUAAAACAUCUAAACAAGCAAACAAAUAGCUAAUUUAUGUAUCAUUGGUGAAGAUGUCAGUAAAAAUAGUUAAUACGAUAACUCCCAAAUAAUUAGCAAUUUAAAAACAAAUUUAGUUGCAAAUUUAUAAUAAUAAUCUCAAACCUUACCAUAAUCCUCUCUUAUAUCUACGUAUUCAAAUAAAGUAAUUGCAUAAUUAUAGCAAUCAAUCAUUACUUAAUCUGAAUAGUAAAAAAAUUCUAUUUACAAUCAAGUUUAGUCUAUAAUUAUCAAUACAUAAAACAAUAAUGUAAACCAAUUCUAGAAGAACAACGAUUUACAAAUAUAGAAUUUAGUCGAUUCGUUUAAAAUUUUGAAUUCAACAGUAACUUAAAAUACAAAUAAUUAAUAGAGUGAUUUCACGCAAUAUAAUAAUUUGACUAAUUAGAUAGGAAGUAUCCAAGCAAAUAGUUUACUUCCAAACCAGGGAGAGCUUAUUUUGUAAGGAAAUUUAUCUACUCUUUUAUCAGAUUAAAUUACUCAAAAAAACCUAAAACAAUAUGCUCUUCCAUUCGAUAGUGAUAAUUAAUUAGCACCAAGCUCAGCAAACACCUUCGUGAUUACAAGAAAUACAUAUUAAGAAAAUAUUUAUUAAAACACUUCUAGUUUUUAGGCUUAUGUUUAAAAGCUAAAUAACUUAAGUUCUAAUUUUAACUACUCAAAUAAUUAAGUUAUUACAACAUCUAUAAAUAGUACUCAAACCAAAAAUCCUAUUACCAACGCUACCAUAAUGUACUAAUUUAAUAACGCUAAAGCAAGUAGUAAAUACAAUAUGACUUGUUUGCAGUCAGCAGAUUAAAUUUGGACAAAAUAAAAUUGUAGUAUAGUAAAAUAAAAUAGUAACAAUUAUGCCUGCUUUUGCUAAACAUAAGCACCGACAACUGUAAUUGAGGAUUUAGAUGAUUUGUUUGUAAACAAUAAAAAUCUAUAAACAGUUUUUAGUGAUUAAGGCAUUAAAAAUUUGGAAAACUUUUCACAAUUUUAUUUAUACAUAUCAUUUUGGAUGCUAUCUAUUUUCACCAUAAACUAGAUUAUUUUAUUUUUUGUUGGAAGAUACUUAGAUUUGAAGUCUUCAACUAGAAUAAACUACAAAAAUAUAGAGGAAGAGCAAAAAAGUUUAGUAGAUAAAUAUCAAUAGCAAAUUCAAAAUUUAGAAUAAAAAAUGAAGGGUGAAUAAAGCAAAGACUGUGAAAAUGAAAACAAAAGUAUUUAGUCUACAUAAAAAGUAUUUAUUAACCAAAAGUAGGAUUCUGGAUAAAAUUAAAUGCAAACUUCGCCAUUUUAAGCUCCUACUAACCCUCUAAUUUAAGUUAGCAAUAAUUAAGAAGAUGAUUUCAACAUGUAGAGAUAAGACAUCAAAUAAACAAGGGUACAAAUUUUGUGGGAGUCUAAUGUCAAAAAGCCAACCAGAAUCGCUAAAAUGGCAAAGAUAUCUUUAACCACAAGCUAUAAACUAGUUGGGAAGCUCAAAAUUGCUUAUCUUUACAGAGAAAAUAAGGUUCAGGAGGUCAUGAUAAGAUAUCGCUAGAGAAAAAAAAGAAGAUUAUUUCAAAAGCAAAAGACUCAAAAAAACAUUAAACUAUUCAAUUUGUCUUAAAAAUAAGAUGUUUCUAUGGCUUCUGUUAAGAGAAAUCUGAAUUAAAAUGGGAUCAGGUUAACUUUUGCUAAUAAUAAUUGA